AUGACAAAAUCCAGCCUCAUCAAUGGGAGAGAAGGUGCCUAUUAUUCCAGAGGAAGUCUUAUAGCCGGGAUCACCGCUGAGUACUUGGACUGCACCGGAGUUGUGACCGUGGGAGCUGGAGCAGAAGAGAGGUUGAGGGAACAUGCUGUGGUCCAGAGAAAGCACUGCUCCAAAGCGCCCCAAAAGUGCCCAAGUGGAAACCGGCCCCGAGUUCUGGCUUGCGCACGCAGAUGUGUCAAAGUGUUUAAGAUUUUUUCUUCUGGGAGUCCUGUGUUUUCGGACCAAUCUCGCAGGGCAAGUUUUGCCUCUGUAAGACAGUCAAGCAUGGAGACACCUCCCAAUACCAACCCACAGCCUUUCAGGCAACCGAGCUUCCUAAACAGGAGGCUAAAGGGAUCCAUCAAAAGGGCCAAGAGUCAGCCCAAGUUGGACCGCACAAGCAGCUUCAAGCAAAUGAUUCUCCCACGAUUUCGAAGCGCUGACCAAGAAAGGACGCGGCUGAUGCAGAGCUUCAAAGAGUCCCACUCCCAUGAGUCCUUGCUCUCCCCCAGCACCGCUGCAGAGGCCCUGGACCUGGUUCUGGAUGAAGAUGCCGUCAUCAAACCUGUCCAUUCUAGCAUCCUAGGGCAAGAAUACUGCUUUGAGGUGACAACCAAUUCAGGGACUAAAUGUUUUGCCUGCCGCUCUGCUUCGGAACGCGACAAGUGGAUAGAAAACUUGCAACGGGCCAUCAAACCCAACAAGAACUCCAUGUCCCCCAUGCAGGACAACAGCAGGAGGGUGGACAACGUGCUGAAGCUGUGGAUCAUCGAGGCCCGGGAUCUUCCUGCAAAGAAACGCUACUACUGUGAGUUAUGUUUGGACGACAUGCUGUACGCUCGCACCACCAGCAAGCCCCGCACCGACACCGUGUUCUGGGGGGAGCACUUUGAGUUCAACAACCUGCCCACCAUCCGGAGCCUCAGACUGCACCUGUACAAGGAGACAGACAAGAAAAGACGCAAGGAGAAAAGCACGUACAUCGGCCUGGUCAGCAUCCCCAUCUCCAGCAUCACAGGGCGCCAGUUCGUGGAGCAGUGGUACCCGGUGAUCCAGUCCAGCGUUUUGGCCAAAGGCGGCGGAGUGGGAAGCGGCAAAGUCAUCAACGCGUCCCUCCGCAUCAAGUCCCGUUACCAAACCAUGAACAUCCUGCCCAUGGAGCUGUACAAGGAGUUCGCCGAAUACAUCACCAACAACUACCGGACCCUGUGUGCGGUGCUGGAGCCGCUGCUGAGCGUCAAGAGCAAGGAGGAGGUGGCCUUCGCUCUGGUGCACAUUCUCCAAAGCACAGGCAAGACUAAGGAGUUCCUGUCUGACAUGGCCAUGUGCGAAGUCGAUCGAUUCAUGGACCGGGAGCAUUUGAUCUUCAGAGAGAACACGUUGGCGACGAAGGCCGUGGAAGAGUACCUCAAACUGAUAGGUCAUAGAUACCUCAAAGAAGCGAUAGGUGACUUCAUUCGCGCCUUGUACGAGUCAGAGGAGAACUGCGAGGUGGACCCGAUGCGCGUCCCCCCGUCCGUCCUGGCAGACCACCAGGCAAACCUGCGCAUGUGCUGUGAGCUGCUCCUCUGCAAAAUCAUCAACUCGCUCUGCAUUUUUCCGCGGGAGUUGAAAGAAGUGUUUGCGUCGUGGAGAGCCAGAUGUGCGGAGCGCGGCCGGGAGGAUCUGGCUGACAGCCUCAUCAGUUCCUCCCUGUUCCUGCGCUUCAUGUGUCCUGCCAUCAUGUCCCCCUCGCUCUUCAAUCUGAUGCAGGAGUACCCCGCCGAGCGCACGUCCCGCACACUGACACUCAUCGCCAAAGUCACACAGAACCUGGCCAGCUUCAACAAGUUUGGUCCUAAAGAGGAGUACAUGUAUUUUAUGAAUGAGUUCUUGGAGAUGGAGUGGGGCUCGAUGCAGCAGUUUCUGUACGAGAUCUCAAACCUGGACACCGGGGGAAAUGCAGGGGGCUUCGAGGGCUACAUCGACCUAGGCCGGGAGCUGUCCAUGCUGCACAGCUUACUCUGGGAGGUCAUGGGGCAGCUCAGCAAGGACGCUAUUCUUAAACUGGGGCCGUUACCGCGGCUACUGAACGACAUCAGCGUCGCUCUGAGGAACCCGCAGCUCCACAUGCCGACCAAUCACCAACCAGAGAGGCCCAACGACCGCCUCUUCUCCAGGCCGUCCUUCAACCGCAUCAUGUCGUCCGACUUCCAAAGCCUCAUGAUGAGAGAUCUAAACAGCUCAAUAGACAUCUCUCGUUUGCCAUCUCCCCCGGGCGGAGUGUCGGCCGUGGAGUCUCUGUCCAAUAACCUGAACAUGAGGCGUCACGCUGAACGGGACCUGCGCUCGUCCCGGGAGGUGUUCUAUGUCACGCGGCCCCCCCUGGCCCGCUCCAGCCCGGCCUAUUGCACCAGCAGCUCCGACAUCACUGAACCAGACCCCAAGGUGCACAGUGUGAACAAGAGUGUUUCGAUGAUGGACCUGCAGGACUCACGCAUGAACAGCAUCUCAAACCUGAACUCAGUGGGAGAAAUGCUCACCUCCUCACAGGCCUCUAUUGCUGGCCUGGGCCACAGCUUUGGGAACCUGGGCGCCCCCCUGAGGAUGGGUGGUCACCUGGGUGGCGGUGUGGCCGGCUCUGCUCUGCGCCUGAGCCAGAUGGGACACAUAGGAGGUCCCACCGAGUCCCUGUCCCAGCAACAGCAGCAGGCCGCCGCGGCUAUGAACUUCCCCCUGUCUUUCCAAAACCCUCUGUUCCAUCUGGCAGCUCAGAACUCACCCGCCCAGUCCCAGGCCCCGCCCCCUUUGCUCCUCGCCCCGGAGGCAGAGAACGGUCACCACGACUACGCGCCGGCUUUUGGCAACAGCGCCUUCUCCCGCAGCGAGGAUCUGUCAGCGCUGCGCUCCCAGAACAGCCUGGUGCAGCCGAGCAUCGUGCACUCGCACAGCUACAGCGACGACUUCACCCGACAGAACCAGAACAACGACUACGGCUGGCACCAGCUGUCGCUGCAGGUGCAGGAGUCUCUACAGCAGCAGCAUCUGAUGGGCCUCACCUCGCAGACGCCGACGGGCACAGGCACCCCUGCCUCUUUGGCCACGCCCCCCACCACGGUGCACCCGUCCCGACAGUCCUCUCUCGCCCAGCACCUCAAAUCUCAGCGCUCCAUCAACAACCCCGCCACCGCAACGCCACCCAAGACCCGCCCCCAGAGCCGCAACAUCCUCCUGGACUCCAGCGAGCCCAGCUUCAGCGGGAGCGGUCCCCGGACGCGCCACAGCCAGGUGUCGUCCCAACAGACGCAGCAACAAGCUCCGCCCCCUCAGCCGCAGCAGGACGGGCCAGUGACGGUGACUGACAGCCCUGCGCCCGGACUUCCAUAUCAGAACAGCUCGGCCAAAGAGCCCCAGGGACCCCCAGCGGCCGCAGAGGAGUCCACCGACACCCCCACCAAAAGCACCAAGAAGUCUCAGGCGGCACAACUGCAGGCUCCGCAACCGCAUCUGCUGAAACCGCUCUCAGGCAAACAGGGAUCUCAGUCUAAUUUGACCACCAUGAAUGAGCGUACCGUGGCCUGGGUGUCCAACAUGCCCCACCUGUCUGCGGACAUCGAGAGCCUGAGGCCGGACCGGGAGGGACAGCUGAAGGAGUACUCCAAAAGUAUGGACGAGUCACGGCUGGAGCGGGUAAAAGAAUACGAAGAAGAAAUCCACUCUCUGAAGGAGCGGCUGAAGAUGUCGCAUCGAAAGCUGGAGGAGUACGAGCAGCGCCUGAUGUCCCAAGAGCAGCAGACCAGCAAAAUCCUGAUGCAGUACCAGAACCGGCUGGAGGACAGCGAGCGGCGCCUCAAACAGCAGCAGGUGGAGAAGGACUCACAAAUCAAAGGCAUCAUCAACAGACUCAUGGCCGUGGAGGAUGAGCUGAGAGUGGGUGCCAUUCCUGAUAUUAAGCCUCGAAUCCUCACAGACCAGUCUAUCAGCCAGGGCUAUGGAUCCUGA